AUGGGAUCCAAAUUGUUUAAACCGCUAACUAGCAACCCACAGCAACAACAAGUGACCUUGGAGGAGGCCACAAAGCGCCCCACUUUGAGUGCGGAAGACAUUCCUUCACUGCAUAUCGUUCCACACGUUAUCUAUGCUACUCUUUCUGCGCAUGUGUACAACGAUGUGCAGCACAUUACACCACUCCCAGAUGGGUGGGAGGUGUUUCGGACGUGCGCCAGCUACAAUUUGGACCGGGAGGGAUUUUUUGCGAUAGCUUAUUUACAUUACAGCCACCGACGAUGUAUCAUCGCGGAACGUGGGACGUCGGAGGUGCUGGGGCUGCGUGCAGGGGUGUGGGUGUACUUUGAAAAGCCGACGAUCCAGUUCUACCUAGCCGAGCAGUUCUCAAAGCAAGUCAGCGUUGAUCUUUCGAUGGUAUACGAUGACGAUAGGUGGCACAUAAGCUACACGGGGCACAGCCUGGGGGCCGUCAUUGCGGCCCACCGCGCCGUGGAGGAAAAAACAUUUGCUAUCACGUUUGAGUCCCCUGGGGCACAGGAGUUCAUCAGUAAAAUCAGUAGGCAUCACACCAUCGAUUCAAACAUCGUUACAUAUCUGCGCGGACCCAAUCCGAUUAACACACUGCGGCCGCAGUGUGGUUAUUUGUUGAUGAUUCCUACCCCGCCGGUGCAGCUCAGUAACUCGUCUUUGAUCUUGUUUUCCCCACCACAUAGCGACACGACGGGGCUCGUUUGUGAUGAAAUAAGUAGCGCACGUUCGGAUUUAGCAAAACAGUCAACAACUCCCCCCUCAACGAGCAGACCUACGGUGACAACGGGGCUUGUGCAAUCCAGAGAUCGCGCAGCCGCUCCUUGCUCAACAUCGCCUGCCACUAUGUCUGUCGUGCCGCCUCCUGCAGCACCCGUCUCUGCAGCGCGUCUUUUUUUGAAUUCCACGUCGCGCUUUCGAAUCCCCUCAAUACGGCCACAAGAAUACUUGCGAGACUACAUGUUGAGCGGCGUUGGAUUCGGUAUCCCGGAACUGCAGCAGUACGUGAGCAAAGUAGAGCCGAUGGUACGUGUCAUGCUUGAACGCACCCAGCAGGUGCAUGCCGUGCACAGUAUCAUGGAAUACUUUCUGAGGGGUGACAGGACAAGGGAAAAGGAAAUCCUUCGAUGGCCAGAGCAUCUGAUGCAGUUUAUGGAGUACUGUAACACCACCCGCGCUCUGGAAGACCCCGACAAUCAGAAACCUCACGUUAAUGCAGCAUAUCGAGGGUUACUGCAACAUCUGUAUCAAGUGCGGCCCCGCCGACGAGAUCGUAUAGCAAUCGACUAUGUCAAUUCGGAAUCGGUAAAACUAGUGAGACUAUGGUGGGCAUGGGAGCCAGUGAAGCGCGUGACUCUUCCAUUCACGCUGACAGAGCACAAGGCGCUGAACAGCAUCCAAAUCGAGGAUGGGUUCUUAAUUUCAAACGUCCCUGCCUUUUCAGCGUUGGAGGCCAAGCAGUUUUUGGAUACAGUAAUAACUCGCUCGGACGUGAAGGUGAUUCUAGCGUCCACCUUAGUAGCGAACAAUGGUUCCGAUAUAGUGAUAAGCAAGUUGUAG